AUGGCCACAACCUCUUCAUUAGCAUUUUCUGCAAUGGAAACCCCCGUCGUUGAUGACACGAUGGAGAUGGCUUCGCCUUAUCAGGGGCAUGCCGAUGAUUUCGACAUCGACCUUGAUGACAUGGACGACCAAGCCUCAAACACCGACAAAGAUAUGAUGGGAGCCGACGAAUAUGAAGAAGCUCUUCAUGGAACAGAAUACGAACAAGACGGCCCAAACGAUGCGGAUAUGAUAGAUGAGGUCGCUGAACCGGCCAUGCUUGAUGUGGACGACCAGUAUGCAGAGACAAGUUACAGUGUUGAGAUGCAGUACGGCACCGAGAAGAUUUAUGAGGCAGAGAUGCUAGAAGAUGAUUACGAUGAAGACAUUGAUGCCCCUUUUCCAGAAGCCCCUGUACCAGAAUCUCAAGAAGCCCCGGCAUCCCUUGAGCCUGCGGAUAAUCAAGUAACAUCAGAACACAUCUUAACGGAAAAGAAUGAUGGCGAGGAGGCCACUAGCGAAAACUACGCUGCGGUAGCCCGUCCCGGGGAUAACACCGAAUCCGCACACCUUGAAAAUGACCCAUUGGAAGAAGUUCCUCCAGAGCACCAUCAUCAAGAUGAAAACAACAUUAUCCAGGAGGCUGAAGUGGACCAGCCCGAGUCCGCAGAUGUGGAUAAUAACGUCGUUGACACUAACCAACCAGAACAAGCAGAUAUACACGAAGUUCCUAGUGAUCAUGAGGAUCAUACAGCUGGCGCCGAAAGCCCCGAAGUUCAUGAAGAUGAUGCAGGUGAAAACCGGAAAACAGCGGACGAGAACAAAGAAUUGGAAUCGGAAGGAAAGAACACCACAGAACAUGACACAGAACGUGAUGAACCUCAUGGGCAGGAGACGGAACUUGCAGAAGACGACGAGCAAGAGCAGGGUACGACGAAGGAUUCUUCGUUAUACCCUGUGAGAGUGUACUAUCAAGACAACGAGAUCUCGCUAUUUCCCCCCAAGGAGGGUGACUCCUCUGAAACAUUUUUCCUCGAAGAUGAGAAUCUCGCAUACGCACCGUUAGGAGAGCUCUUCCAAUCCUGCCGUCAAGUGCUCCAGGACAAUGUUGGAGACAAUGAGGUUCUCAUUAUGGAUGUUGACGCAUUGAACAUCCAACUAACUGAGGAUUCUUUACACAUAUCAAAGGUGACUUUGUACCAGAUUGUCGACUUGUAUCUCCAGUUGUGCCACAAUGAUGGAAUUGAUGAACCUGAACCGCUUUAUCUCACUCUCAACACAAAACUGACUAUAUCUGCGGAAGUAUCUGACCUUCUCCUAGCUGCCAGCGAAGGAAAAGGGUUGUCUGAAAUCCAUUCAUGGGAUGGCUAUCAAGAAGUGGAAGCAGCUUCAGCAGAGAUAUUUGAAGGAGACGACCGGGAAGCGAGCCCCGGCGAGGAACAGCAAGACAUCUCUGGCCAACAAAAACGUCACCCCUCUGAGACGCAGGAAGUCCAUGGAAACGAGUCACAUGUCCACGAGCAGCAAGUUGCGAAGAGCCAGCCGGAGGAACAGUAUCCCGAAAGCGAUGCUGCAGGUGCCGAUCUAUCAGGUGGUAUUACUGAAGAGACCCGCGAUGAUGGUGAAACUAAAGCUCCUACUCAGCCAGAACUUGGCAACCCUGAGUCUCACGAUCGCCAGUCACUAAAUGAAGAAUCUUAUGACUCUGAAGAGGAACAGCAUACAGAAUCGACUGCUACUAUCAAUAAUUUGUCUGCAACUGAUUUGACAGAGGAGCAACCAAAUCCUGACGGCUCCACGGAUGUUCCACAUGAUGAUCACCAAGCCCACGAUAUCCAUGAAGAACAAUCCGCACCGGACAACGCCAACGACGAAAGCUAUCCCGAGGAGGGAGAAAUCACGAUCAAUUCCAAUCAUAACGAUGGUACUGAGGAGUUUGAGGGCGAUGCUUCCGAUUAUGGGCAUGAUGACCAUCAUACUACUGAGUCAAUCACAGAAGAGCUUCGAGGGGAAUCUCUGAAAGAAAAUGAUGAAGACAGUCAAUCCGAGGUCGAGGGCGCUGCGUCUCAGUUUCAAGACGAUGAAACCGAAGAGACAUUACAGGGUGAUAAGAGUGAUGUUUUGCCUAAAUUGGAUAACACUGGCUCAGAUCUGUCAGGAAACAAUGUUCAACCGAGUCCUGACCUGGUCGAUGACUCAUUAGGAAUAGCAGGGGACAUCCUGGACAGCUCUAUUCGAGGCUCGGCGAUUGCAGACAAUGAUAUCGAGGGUACAGACCUCCCUGAGGAAUCUGAUGAUGUCACUGAACAUAUCGCCUCAAAUCAUACCAACCAGGAAGCCGAAGAGUUACCCUUUGAGGACGACGAAGACUAUCUGGAUCUGGGGAUCGCAGAAGAUCUUGGUGUUGCCGAGGCACUUGGCACACAAUCACCCGGCCCAGCAUCUACUAAACGACACCGCGAGCCGGAAGAUGAGUUUGAGCUGGCCGAGAGUCCUACUCCGGACGCUAAACGUUCCAGAUCAUCAUGA